AAAUAUUUAUUAUAAAAUGUCAUAUUCAACAACCGAAAUUCACCCAAAUGUCAAAAGAGUUAUCUUUACCGAAGCAGAAAUUAAAGACAGAGUUGCUCAAUUAGGUAGACAAAUUACAAAUGAUUAUAAAGAUAGUAAAGAAUUAGUUUUAGUUGGUAUCUUAAAAGGAUCAUUCGUAUUUAUGUCAGAUUUGGUUCGUUCAAUUUAUUUACCAAAUACCAAUGUUACAUUAGAAUUUAUGUCAAUUUCAUCAUACGGUGCCGCUACCUCAACCAGUGGUGUCAUUCGUAUUAUGAUGGAUUUAAGAACCAAUAUCGAAGGUAAAGAUGUCUUAAUUAUCGAAGAUAUUGUCGACUCUGGUUUAACUUUAAAUCAUCUUAUGGAUUUAUUAAACCACCGUAAACCAAAUUCACUCAAUACUGCCGUUCUUCUCCGUAAAAAAGAAGGUCUCAAAGUUGAUGUCCCAGUUAAAUAUAUUGGUUUCGAUAUUCCAAUGGUUUUCAUUAUUGGUUAUGGUUUAGAUUUUGCAGAAAAUUAUAGAGAGCUUCCAUAUUUGGGUGAAUUAAAAGAAGAAUGUUACAAA